AUGUUCCCUCGCAUAUUGAACUGCGUUGCAACACUGGCCAUUAUUGCAGCCAAUCUGCCUCCAUUAGCUGCAUCUCCUGCAGCAUUCCGAGCAGGGAACACCCGAAAAUGUCGCCAUUUGCCAGGAGACCACGAGUGGCCCAAGGAAGACGAAUGGAAGCAUCUCAAUGAGACCCUGGGUGGAGGGCUUAUCCGUGGCAAACCAUUAGCCCAGCCGUGCUAUGGUCCAGCGAGAGAUGCCACGACAUGCGAAAGUGUCCGGGAGCAGUGGGUGGCUGACAGACUGUAUUGCGAUGACCCUGUCAAUGUCAUGUUCCCAUACUGGUUGAACGAUUCGUGCAACCCCUUUACAACGCGCGAUGGGACAUGUACUCUAGGCAACCUCGCCUCGUAUGCAAUCAACGUCUCUGCGGCAUCUGACGUGAUUCACGGGGUCAAAUUUGCUCGGAAAAAGAACAUCAGGCUCAUCAUCAAGAAUACUGGUCACGAUGUCAUAGGGAGGUCCUCCGGGAAAGGGUCUCUUGCGCUGUGGACGCACAACCUGAAGAACAUUUCUGUGUUCAAUUACACCAGCGGACACUACAACGGCCCAGCCAUCCGAAUGGGAGCCGGUGUUCAAAUCACUCAGCUGAAUGCAGUUGCUGGACAAAACGGACUGCGAGCAAUAGGGGGAUACUGUCCCACCGUUGGUGUGGCUGGCGGUUACACGCAAAACGGAGGCUAUGGGGCUCUCUCUGCAAGCUACGGGCUAGCCGCGGACAAUGCUUUAGAGUUUGAGGUCAUCACCACCGAUGGUCGGCAUCUCACAGCUUCACCUGACGAAAAUCCUGACCUGUUCUGGGCUCUGAGUGGCGGAGGCUCUGGUAACUACGCAGUGGUUAUCUCGCUUACAACAAAGGCUCAUGUUGAUAGCUCUGUUGCUGGAGCGACAUUCAUCUUUGCCAAUACGAAUCCAGAUGCUUACUGGAAGGCCAUAGCUGCAUGGCAUGAGCAUCUUCUCGUACUCAACGAGAUUCGCGGGUUCUCGUCCGUGGCGGUAAUAACCAGCAUUGCAUUUCGUCUCAACAUUGCCACUUUGCCUGGAGGAACGGAAGCCAGUAUGACGACUGCAUUGGAUCCCUUCUUGAAGAAGCUCGAGAGCCUUAAUAUUGCCAUUACGAGCUACAAAGUUACGGAAAAGGUAACAUAUUUCGAGCAUUACAAUACAUAUGUGACAGGGGACCCAGAUGAGUUCCCUCCAAACAACACCGUGGGGGAACGCCUAGUACCGCAAUCGACAGUACAAGACGACUCCCAAGCGGUUGUCAACAUCUUCCGUGAAAUCAUGGAAGACGAUACGGUGCCGUUUCAAGCAAUCACCCUGGCUUCCAGCAACGUAUCUCUCGCCCAGGUCGGUACUACAUCUGGUAUGCGUGCUGUCUUGCCAGCAUGGAGAAGCUCUCUGUAUACCAUGAACUUUGGCAUCGCCUUUCCAAACGAUGCUUCUGUUGGGGAAAUGCAAAGAUAUCAGGCCAAAGUCAAUGCCUGGCAGGAUAGGUUCAAAUUUUUGACUGAUGGAGCAUACAUCAAUGAAGCGACGUAUGAUAAUCCGGACUGGAAGCAGGACUAUUUUGGGGAGAAUUACGCUAAGCUGCUUGACGUCAAGAAGAAGUACGAUCCUGAAUUUGUCUUAUGGCAGCAUACGUCUGUGGGCUCUGACGCUUAUUGGGAAAUGACUGAGGGCGAGAGGCUUUGUAGGAUUGUUUAG